UUCACGAUAGAGACAGAGAGAGAAAGAGAGACAACGCAAACCCGAAAUUCAUCAUCGUCCUCUUCGUUCGGACAUCAGGUACUUGAGUUACGCCCUGAAAUCCAUUUCCAUUCAAUCUUGUUUAGGUCUUUUCGUUGUUUCUCUUCCGAUUCUCUCAUAGUUUCCUUCCAAUCUACGAGGUUUCGAUCGUGCGAUCAAUCAAAUCAGAGACCCUAAUAGGGUUUAACUGGAUUUGAUAUUUGCUGCCCUAAUUUGGAAUGAAUUGGGUUUUUGAUUUUUGGUUUAGUUGGGUGGGAAAUAGAUAGGGGUUUCAAUUGAUUCUGUGAUGGCAACGGCAGUUUUGUACUACGUGCAAAAAUUAUGGCCCUUUUCAGCACUUAAUAAGUUUGAUGACUUGAAAGUAUCAGAGGGGUUAGUUAGGAAAUUAUCGGUACCGAAACACACUAAACAGUUUGUUUUCGCGAUAAGGGAGCCCGAAUCGGAUGCUGUGAUAUACGUGCUGUGUGCUCAGAAUUUGUCCGAGAGGUCAGCUUUGGAUGCUGAGUGUUUGAUUAGAGAAGUCCGACCUGACGCCGUUGUGGUUCAGUUGGGCCAUGGCGCGGUGGAUGAGAUUCAAUCCGGAGAGAUUGGAUGUAGGAAUAAUGUAGAUGUUUCGGUACCAACUUCGUCCUUUGAGGUUUUGAAGAGGUGCUUUGUUCAUAAGUUGAACAAGGACAAGUACGAGAAUGUGGCCGGGACUGUGGUUUUGACGGAGAUUUUUGGGAUUAGUCUUUACGGGCAUUUCUUGGCUGCCAGAAGGGUGGCUGAAGAAGUUGGUUCGUCAUUCUUGUUGCUUGAAUCUCCGUUUGUGAAGUGUGGCGGGGAGGAGAAUCCGGUGUGUGAAGGUGAAACAGUUACCAAGUUCCAAGUCUUAGGUUUACAACCUAGCACUUUGGUUCCACAAAAGGUGGGUUCGGUGGUUUCCUCAAGUUCAAGGAGAUUUUGUGUUACGACUGAUCUUCAUUUACAAAUGUUGAAGCCGUUGUGUUCAUUUUUUACUCAAGCAAGCUCUGUUUCAGAGGGGAAUUCUAACGAUUUAGAGCUAAGAGCAGAUUAUGAGGCACCACCUUUUGCACGUUCGAUUUACCCUUUACUUGUAGAUUUGCAUAAUAUUUUUCAAGACAUCCCUUCGAUUGGACGGGCUUUAGCUCAUGCACAAAAGAUGCUCAAUGAUGUGAACAAGGGAGAAAUGGUUGAUAUCAAACUCCUAUCCGAAGUUUACAUCUUUCAGAUUGCAGUUGAGGGUUUGAGAAUUGCAUUCAACAAUGCAGGUCGGCUUCCAAUCAAACAACUGGGCAACUCAAACUCUGAUAAAACCAAGUUUGCAGAGCUUGAUGUUGAGGAAAAGUCCCAUGCUCUUCUCGCACAUGCCCUUAGAAGCCAAACCAAAAAUUUCAAAUCCAUUGUGGCAAUAGUAGAUGCUAGUGGCUUGGCUGGUCUUAGAAAACAUUGGAACACUGGUAUUCCUUUGGAGAUCAAGGAUAUGGUGGAACAACUUAUUACUAACUGUGAAAAUGACGAGGAAACCUCUGAUCAUGGUGACAGAAAGCGGUUGUUAACUAGCAAACCAGUGGUGGCAGUUGGGGCGGGAGCAACUGCCAUUUUAGGAGCUUCAUCUCUCUCUAAAGCUGUUCCUGCAUCGACCUUCAUGAAAGUUGUUACCUUUAAAGCUCCUGCUUCGCUUAAACUUAUUUUGACACAGACCCAGAAGGCAGUUGCUAUUGCACUUAGCAAGACUGUGGGUCCAUCAAAAGUGGUAGCCCCAGGAUUUGCAUCCACCGGAGCCAAAGCAACAUCUGCCUUGAAAGCAACUGCUUCUGCUCAAAAAAUAAGGGCCGUGGCUCACAGUAUGAUAGCAUCUGCGGAGAAAACGAGCCUAUCAGCCAUGAGAACAGCAUUUUACGAAAUAAUGAGGAAACGACAGGUCAAGCCCAUUGGUUUUCUGCCGUGGGCCACUUUUGGGUGUAGUAUUGCUACUUGCACUGGGUUGCUUGUGUGGGGGGAUGGGAUUGAAUGUGUUGCUGAGUCUCUUCCUGCGGCUCCUUCAAUUGCCAGUUUGGGUCGUGGAAUCCAAAGUCUGCACGAGGCAUCUCAAGCAGUGAGGCAAGCAGAAAGCUCUCGGAUUCAGAAAUCUAUAGAAUCGCUAAUCGACAGAUUUAAGAAAGUGAAGGCUCAAUAAAGUAAGAAAAACAGACUACCUAUUGGCCUUCUUGUUUUGCUUGUUGAUGCUUCUAAAUUAGAAUUUCUUUAUAUAUUUUUUCUGUACAUACUACACAGCAUUUAUAAGCAGAGUUUUUGUUUAGUUACAGGUUUUCUCUUUAUUUACUAGUAUCUUCGGAUGAUACAACACUCAUUCAAGAGAAAUUUGGGAUUCUUGGUUCAUGUGGUUUAUCAGUCUGUAUUGUUUCUAGUA